UGACACUUCUGUGAUCACCAGUAAGCUUCAAGACCUGACAUCAUGGUGCAUUUUACUGCUGAGGAGAAGGCUGCUAUCACUGGCCUGUGGGGCAGAGUGAAUGUGGAAGAGGCUGGAGGCGAGGCUCUGGGCAGGCUUCUGGUUGUCUACCCCUGGACCCAGAGGUUCUUUGACAACUUUGGCAACCUGUCCUCUCCCUCUGCCAUAAUGGGAAACCCCAAGGUCAAGGCCCAUGGCAAGAAGGUGUUGACAUCCUUUGGAGAUGCUGUUAAGAACAUGGACAACCUCAAGGGUGCCUUUGCUAAGCUGAGUGAGCUGCACUGUGACAAGCUGCACGUGGAUCCUGAGAACUUCAGGCUCCUGGGCAAUGUGUUGGUGAUUAUUCUGGCUUCGCACUUUGGCAGAGAAUUCACCCCUGAGUUGCAGGCUGCUUGGCAGAAGCUGGUGGCUGGUGUUGCCACUGCUCUGGCCCACAAGUACCACUGAAUUCUCCUUUCAGUUCACCAUUUUUGUCCCCAAUGCCUUCCUUCUACA